AUGGCUACUCGUGUUUCCAGACGAGGAAAGUCUUCUAACCGCUCUCCUUCGCACCUUUUUGUUUCAGAAGUGUCCUAUGAUUUACUCGAGGCUACAAUGGCAACGAAAGACGACAAUAAUUUGUACAUCGGCGAUGGUCUCGACGGAUUUCCGAGUUUUGGCUUUCGCCCCGGCUCCAAAGUUAAACAACCCUAUCGAUUAUACCUGCCGGAAAAAUUGCCGGCGGAGUUCACUCUGGUGGCAACUUUCAAGCCGACGUCCUUCAGGACCAGUUAUCUCUUCGCGAUUCUAAAUCCCUUUGAAACAGUGGUGCAACUGGGCAUCCGAAUUUCCGAUGGACCAGGGACCAAUCAGAACGUUUCUCUGGUCUACACCAACUCCGACCUGCAUUCGCAUUCGGAGGAGGUGGCAAAGUUCACGGUGCCGAAAUUGACAAAGAAAUGGUCGAAGAUCGUCAUCAGGGUAUCAACAACGGACGUCAUUUUAUACCUAAAUUGUCACGAAAUGUCCAGGAGAAGAGUGACCAGGACUCCACUGGAAUUGGUGUUCGACACGGCCAGCACGUUGUACAUCGCACAAGCUGGGCCUUAUAUCCAAGAGAAAUAUGAC